AUGGAGCUGCCAUGUCCACAUUGCCAGGCGGCAGUGCCGCUGCCGCGCAUGGACAUGCAUCUACUCAGCUGUCCAGCCGUGGUGACGAGGUCUGAAAGCCGGCCCUCGGCUGCGGCUGGCCCCGCGGUACCCGUCAAGUCCACCAGCACCCUUGCAGCGGUGGCGGCGUGCGAUGACGAGGACAUGCAGGAUUUACUGGAUGAUUUGGAGGCCGAAGAGGAAGAGCAACAGCAGCAGCGCCAACAGCAGCAGCGCCAACAGCCGGGCGCAGCCGCCACCCAUGAAACUGGUCCGGUCAUCGUCCAUGAUGAUGAGGAUGAUGAUGAUGGUGAUGAUGAUGAUGCCGCUGCACUUUUGGCCAUGGAACGCUUCGAGCGAGGUGGCCCCACCGUCCAACGCACAGGCCCCUCGAGCCAUCGCAAUGCGCUGGCCGACCUCAUGUCCAGCGCGCGUGCCCAGCGCCAGCCCAGCAACUCUGCUGGGUCAACAAGGCAUCCCCAUACUGGGGUUGAUAAAGUCAGCUCUCCGCUUCGCACGGGACCUGGCGCCAUCGUCUCUACUGCCCGCCCUGGCGGCGGCAUUGAUGCCAAGGGCUAUCCUUGCCUCGAUUCAGCGGCCCAAGGAUUGGGCAAAACCUUCAUCGCUGCCGUCGUCAUGUACAACUUCUGGCGUUGGUACCCCAAUGGCAAAGUAUUGUUCAUGGCCCCCACCAAGCCCCUUGUGGCUCAGCAAGUCAACGCUUGUUAUCAGAUUAUGGGGUUCCGGGCCGAAGACAUUUGUGAAAUGACUGGCAGCAAGCAGCACGAGCACCGCGACAAGCUCUGGCAGCGCAAGCGUGUCUUUUUCCUCACCCCACAGUGUGCUGUCCGUGACUUGCAGCGUGGCUACUUUUCAGCCAGAGAGGUCGUGUGCGUCGUGUUUGACGAGGCCCAUCGAGCUCUGGGCAACCACGCCUACUCGCUCUUUAUUCAGAGUCUAUUGGCUGAAAGCUCACAGUUUCGCGUCAUGGCCCUUUCGGCUACGCCGGGUGAUUCGGUCACCAAGGUGCAAGAGGUCAUCACAAAUUUGCUCAUUGACGCCAUUGAGAUUCGCGGCGAAGAGGCCGCUGACGUUGCUCCUUACGUGAAUCAGCGAACCGCAGAAAAAGUCGUCGUUCCCAUGAGUCCAGACAUUGAGGCCUGCCGCUCCAUGCUGAACCGGGUCGCCCAGCCCUUUAUCAAGCGCUUGGUUCAAGGGCGAGUGCUUGGCGAAACGACCUUGGAUCGGUUGACUUCGCGAAUGCUGGCCAUUACCCGAGAUCGAGCCCGAAGUGGUGACAUUGGUGGCGGGGCUUUGAAAAAGGGAGUUCUCGAAAAUUCGUUUGCCAUGCUCAUGUCUCUCAGCACGCUUUUUGGCACGGUCAGCAAGCAUGGUAUUACCCCCUUUCUCAUCUCGGUUGAGAAUGGGAUUGACAAGGCCAAAUACAUUGGCAAGGAACUUCAAAAGAACCCGGCGGCUCAGGCCGUGAUCAAACGCUUUCGCGAGCAGCGGGAGAACAACCCCGACUUUGUGGGCCAUCCCAAGCUCGUCAAGCUGCGCGAUAUCCUGCACAGCCACUUUACAGCCAUGGGUGCCACAGCCACCCGGGCCAUGGUCUUUUCUACGAUUCGAGACUCUGUGCAAGACAUUACGGACGUCUUGAAUCGACACGGCAAUCUGAUUCGCGCCGUCCCGUUUAUCGGUCAGGGCAAGGGUACAGGCACCGGCAAGGGUCUGACGCAAAAGGAGCAAGCACGUGUGCUUCAGCAGUUCAAGAAUGGCCAGUACAACGUGUUGGUGGCCACUUGCGUGGCUGAGGAGGGCUUGGACAUUGGCGACGUUGACCUCAUUGUAUGCUAUGAUCAACAAGGUUCUCAGACACGGCUCGUGCAAAGAUCGGGCCGCACAGGCCGCAAGCGGGAUGGCAAAAUCGUUUUUCUCAUGACUGCAAAUGUGGAGGAAAGCCUCUACAAGCGCAGCGCUGACGGCAAAAAUCACAUUUUCAAGGCCAUUGUCAAGGGCAGCAACUCUUUUAAAAUGUCCAAUCUCAGUCCAGCUCUACUGCCUGCUCAACCCGUGGUGCAACGACGACAAAUGGCAGCCGCCGGAACUCCACCCUCGGAGAUCUCCGGGCGAGGUGCGCGCCGGCGCGCAGACCGUGGGAACGGCCACACCACCGCGUUGGUCGAGGCCUUUGAUGCGGCGCAGUGGGAAGAGGUCCGCCAGGAGCUCCGCCAGCAACAAACCCUAGCUGUCGUUCGCUCCGGACGUUACAGCCAUCUACACAUGGUGGAUCAGUUUCGCAGCUUUCUGGCUCCCAGUCGGCGCUCUCAAGCCUUUCUGCGGCUCCUUCAGAAGGAGGACAGCUCGAUCGACCAAGAUUGGGCGUCCGACUCGUUCUGGGGAGCAAAAACAGGGGCGGCUCGUGAAGAGAUCUCUGGGGUGAAUGACGAUGUCGCGGCUCCAGCCAGCAAACGGGCCAAGCGUGCCACCAUUGCAUCGGCACCACAAUUGGAAGUGGCGGACAUGGAUCUUGGCCUUUUGGACACGCCGCUGAUGGGUCAUGACGGCUGGGACUCUGACGACGAUCUUCCCGAGGUCAUGGGCUUGGCAGUGGUGACCGAAGGCACAAACUCCAAGGCGGCGGCGGCUCACCUGCCGUCCGCCGACCGACUUGAAUCACCACGGGUUUCCUUGCACGCCUCGCCACCAUGGUCUCCUGUCCGCUGCAGCGACGAGCGCGCUGCUCCCGCCGUUCAAGGGCAAGGUUUUGCAGGGCGACCCACUCAUUCCAGCCCAACUUUUACAGGUGCAGCGUCGCCUCAGCCGUCGUACAACGAUGAGGAAAUGCCAGUAUGGAGUCAGGACGCCAGCCCACCCGAGGUGGGCUUUAUUCAGCCGUCACAAAACGCUGUGGGAACGGCCCUCGAAUCUGGGCCAGCUACUUCAUCGCCCGUGCCGCCCCGACGGCGUGUUCCUGCCCAUCAGCUGCGCGCGCUCUUGUCUCCGUCACAUUCCCAUCCUGCGGCACAGAAAUCCGCUGCAACUUUGGCUGGUGCCAGCCGCGCCGGUAUGCCCCCAGAGUUGACCACGAAACCCACCUCACCGGCUGCUGAAGCGCCAUCCCCAAAAUCACGCGAGUCAGACGCCACGCUUGCAUGGACCUCACGUGUGGUUGCAGCCCAAAGUGGCCGCACCUCGUCCGCGCUAUGGACCGUACUGCAGUCUGCUUUAACCGGAUAUCAACGCUCUCUGAUGGCGCGAGCUUCGCAGUUGCCUCGAGCCUCGCAGGCUGGGCGCACGACCAUGUCGGUGAACGACAUGCCGACAGCACGGGCAGCAGCUCCUUUGGCCAGUAGCCGCAGGGAGCAUGAAUCUCAGGCAUCGUUUCAGCCUCCGGACCACCAAGUCUCUGAACUCUGUUCACCCCACCUGCCCAUGCGUCCAGCAUCACGCUCUGGCGCUUCGGGUUCGACGCCCAUCGUCUUGGACGACACUCAUCGGUCGCAGGAGCUGGCACCGCCGACCCCAACGCCCUUGCGCACCAAAGGUCAGCUCAAGGCAUCACCAGCGUGCGUUGUGCUUGACACACCACAUCCCCUGCCGUCUGAGCCACUGUCAUCACCCGCGGCAAGCGCUCUGCGGCCCUCAACAGCGGCUCCCACGCGUAUGGAGACGGAGGAGGACGAUGAUGAUUCGCCAUUGGUGAUGCGUGGCCGCCGCGGUCGGCCACAUCCCAUGGUCGUGCUAUCUUCGGCUUCACCCAGCCCGCAGGCAGGUCACGCAAACACGAGACCUGCACGGGGGAGCCCGGCAGACGUGGUUUUCCAAAGCCCCGUGCUGCCGCGGUCCCGGCACACUCGCCCUGCGCUUCUUUCGAUAGACUCUGACGGGCCCGACGAAAAUGGUCCCGUACAGCAGCGCAUGGCUCAGCCGAUGGGCGACGGAGGCCGGCGUCAGAAAAAGUCCUCUAUAGAUGCUACUGCUUUGCGCGAGCGUCAAGCCCUGCGCCGCUACUUUGUGGCUUCGCAAGCCGAAGAUGGAGCCGAAACCGGUAUGGACAACAUGGAUGAGGAUGAGCCGGAUGAGUACGAUCUCGAUGACUCGUUUAUUGACAACGGGUCUGCAUCGCAGCACACCCAGCGAACCUCCCCCGGGUCUCGUUCAUCGUCGACCGCAGCCCGUGGACAGCGGCCCGAUGCCGAUAUUCUCAGUACCCAGGAGAUGGGGGCUGUUUAUCGACGCUCAGUCUUGCAUUCACCAGAGAACGACGAACUGCCCUUUAACACGCGUGUUAGAUAUGGCGGUGCCCGGUAUCGUCUUGCCAAUCUCGAUGCUGUGCCAGACGUACAGGACACGCCAUCGCCGAGUGCCAGUGAGGCGGAAGAUGCACCGUCGCUUGGCCCAUCGCUGUCACCAUCUUUGGAGCCAUCUUUGGAAGCGGUCUCUCGUGCCCCACCGCGACCCGCUGCCAGUCCAACGCGGCUCGCUGCCGGCAGGCCGCACGCUCCAGCGUUCAGCUCUUGCUCGGCGCGCGAGGUUGCUGGUGAUGUGGCAUCUGGUCCGAUGUUGCAAGGGACACCAUCCAGUCGGGGGCACGCGCGCGCGCCGCUGACCCCUUACAUUUGCAAUGGAAACACGCCGGCGGCGCGACCCGCCCCGAACGUUUCAACCCCGUUGACUCCUCUUGGUUCACGGUCACCAUUGCCGUUGGUUGAGACACCCAUGUAUGCGGCGGCACGUUCACGACGUCCGGCCGCAUCGGGUUGCGGGCCUCUGUUGCUGGUUUCUACGCGCGAGCUCAACUCGGCGGAGCUCAUGAACUGUCUGUUGGCGAGCGACAUCAAUUAUGCGGUUGCCAAGAUGGAUGUGGGCAUGUUUUGUUUGGGUACGCGCACGGCCGUGGUGCGUCUUCGAACGACAGAGGUGGUGCGUUGGGACCACAAGGAUUCAUCCACGUCCGACCCUGUGUUCAAAGCGGCCAACAACAUGUCCCGUUUGGUCGUCGUGAUCGAGGAGCACCAGCCCACACGUGGCGGUCAAGUCACUCGUGGAACAGCCUACAUGCGCGGCCUGGCUCGACUAGUGGCGUUGGGCGCGCAGGUGGUUGACGUUCCAGAUGCUGCGGGCACGGCCGCCAUCUUGGGCACGCUUUUGCGUGAGGAGCAUGCCGCUGGAUUUGGACUGGAUGCACGCGUCAAGCCUUUGCUAGACAUUCGCGAGCAUGCGCAAGUGAGUGCUCCCUCACCUCGGCUUUGA